CCGAGCCGCGUCCGCCUCAGCGCCCGGCCCACGCGGGGAGAUGGCAGCGGGCCGGGCGCUGGCCGCGCUCCUCGCCACGCUCCUGGCCGCCUCGGCGCAGCUCCUCCAGCGGGAAGCAUCCUUUACGAUCUCUCUUCGUUCAGUGGACAACACCACAGUUCUCAUUAAACUGGGACCUGGUGUUUUGCCAGGCUGUCAAAUUCGUGCCAAAUAUGUCAUCAGGUCUGAACUCAAGAUAAAGCCUGGGGAGAGUGUGACUUUUGCCUUCACUUGUCGUAGCCCAGAGAAGUAUUUCAUCAUGGAAAUCCAGAAGAAUAUUGACUGUGUGUCAGGCCCUUGUCCCUUUGGAGAUGUUCAUCUUUACCCAGUGGGGCUGCCUCGCCUCAACAGGACUUUUAUCUGGGACGUGAAGGCGAGUACAAAGGCUGGACUUGAACUGCAGUUUUCUACCCCGUGGCUGAGGCAGAUUGAGCCAGGAGAGACGUGCCCAGAUUUGGUUAGCUACAACAUCAACAGCUGUAUCGACAGGGCCACGGUCAACAUUGGCACCUUCUGCAGGAACGGCUCGGUGUCUCGCGUCAAGCUGCUGGGAGGAGUUGUCAUGUCCCUGCACCUCCCCUGGGACUCGCCUCUCACCACCUCAGGCUUCAACAUAGCUAACAGGGCUUCCAUAAAACGGUUAUGCAUUAUUGAAUCCAUUUUGAAGGGGGAGUCUUCAAUCACCCUGAUGUCCCCAAACUACCCUCUGGGCUUUCCAGAAGACGAGCUCAUGACGUGGCAGUUCGUGGUUCCUUCCAACAUGAGAGCAAGUGUGUUCUUCCACAACUACAGCCUCUCCAACUGUGAGAGGAAAGAGGAAAGAGUGGAGUACUACCUCCCUGGCUCCCCCAGCAACCCGGAGGUGUUCAAGCUGACUGACAGCCAGCCUGCCAACAUUGCUGGCAGCUUCAACCUGUCCCUGCAGGGCUGUGAUCAGGAUGCUCAGAACCCGGGCAUCCUUCGCUUGCUCUUCCAGGUUGUUGUUCAGCACCCGCAGGUUGAUGAGAAUGUCACUCACAUCGUGGACCUGAGCAAGGAGUGGAAUAUGACCGUGACGAUCCACUCAGAAGGGUGGCUGAGCCGCGUCCCGCUCAUGUCGGAGCCCGUGUGCCUGAUCUGCAAGGACCCGCGCUCCUGCGACCGCCUCCUCACUUUGGUCUCUGGUGCUGUCUACAGGAUCUCCUUUCUGUGCAAGGACUUGUCCCAGCUGAGGAUCACAGCUGAAAAAGGCAUAAGCUGUGUUGAUCUUCGGUGGUGUCAGAGGAAGGUCUAUUCCCUUUCGGUGCCCAAGGCUAUUACCCAGUUGCCCAUUCGGCUCUCUAAGUUUAUUUGGAAGCUCUUGGCUCCUGAUCUGAUCAACAUAGAAAUUAUGUCUCCGUCCUUGAAACUCCAGCAACAUGUCCCAGAGCAGAGGUGCAACACGAGCUACAGUUACAACAUCAUUAGUGCCACCUCAAAGACAGAGUUGAAUCUUGGGGUGUUAUGUCCUGGAGGAUCCAUUGAAAAGAUUCAGAUGAGGAAUAAUGUCACCAUCUCCUUAAAAACAUUUGGUAAAGGAUUCCUCAAUGAGUCUAACCAUCAGGAUCUGAAAAUGUCUUUUGUGCCACAUAUUAAAGAUGAGUGCGUUUUCACUGUGAGUCCAGACCCAAAAGCUAAGGUUUACUUGCAGACCCCCAACUGGCCUUACGGUCUCCCUCCUUACGUCUCCGUAUCCUGGUACGUUGUCGUGCCCCAGAAGCAAGUUGCCCGCCUGGGCUUCUCCAAGGAGCGCAUGGGCAUGGCUUGUGAGACCGGCCGUGCCUACGUCAGCGUGAGGGAGGAGGCGCCGGGGGCGGAGGAGACCGUGCGGCGAGAGGACGAGCUGCUGCCUGAGACCCGCAACAUGCAUCGCGACUUCUGGGUAAACGUCUCCAACUGCAAACCCGGGGAUAAGAUGCAGCUGACUUUGCAGUUCUGGGUGACACUUGCUGACAAGCAGAUAGACCUAGGAGUGAUACUUGCUGUGGUGGCUGGGGCUGGAGUUCUUGCAGCUAUUGGACUGACUGUGUGCUGUGUCAAGAAGAAGAAGAAGAAGAGCCAGGAUCCCAUGGUGGGAGUGUACAACGCUAAUGUGAACACACAGGUGCCUGGAAAACAAGGCCUGUUCAAAAAAGGGAGGAAAAACAACGAGUCUCAUGUCUAUGCAGUUAUUGAUGAUGCCAUGGUCUAUGGGCACUUGCUGAAGGAAUCCAAUGGCUCAGUUACUCCAGAAGUUGACGUGUACCGGCCUUUUGAUGGACCCAUGGGUAGCUUGCCGCCUUCUCCACCUCCAUUCUCCUUCAGAAAAGACAUCAAACGCUGUUCCAACACCGAGGAACCUUCAUCUCUGACGGACACAGAGCACGACACUUACACAUUUGCUCAGCAGAAAUCGGGGCAAUCAGAGGACAGUGGAGAAGCAAGUGAAAAGAAUAGUGAAGAUACAAGCAUGUCCUUGCUGGAAAAUAAGGAGCAGGACGGUUCAGUGGAGUGACUUGAUGCCAGGCAUAGCAGUUUCCUGUGGAAAUACAGGUGUAAGGACAGAGGUCUAGGGGAAGAAAACCCAGAAGAGGAGUGUUGUUUUUAAACAUGUUUUGGUGUUUUAUUCUCUGUGUGUGUGUAUUGUCAGUUGUGUGUUUUUCAAACGUGAGAUGUUGCUAGCUUUUGGUUUUAGAGUGAACAUCUAGCAAACUUGAAACCAACCAAGACACUCCAGGACUGCAUACACUUCUGGUUGUGAAACAGGUGGCAAAGGUGCACUCCUGCCUUUUCUUACAAAGACAUCAGGAAAACUAAUUCCUAACUGUGGCAAUUAAUAGUGGGGAGAGUGUUUUGUCCAGUGUUUCCUCCUCCUGAGUCAUUGGGUUCCCGAGUUGCUGACUCUUGGAAGUUGUAGGCAACAUCAUGGCCUCAAAGCAGCUCCAGGCUACACAGAUACCAAAGCAAUCUGUGAAUGUGUGAGCAAAGGAGGGGACACUGUCAUUUCCACCACUUGCUGCUUGAAGAUUCAUUCUAUUUAGCAUGCUGGUGGCUGUGUAAGCACGGUGAAAGACCACAUGAGCUACCUGGAAGAGCUGCCUCUGUGUAAAUGGGUCUGAAUGCUUGAGCUUGGGCUCUUCUGGUUCCGAAGUCAAGUCAUGAGUUUGCUGUAGUUUCCAGCUGGUGGUGUUGUAUGUGGAUAGCACUGUGUGAGCCUACACCAAAGACUGCAUUUUCUUUGCUUUUUCACCAAAAAAAACCCAGUUUCAAAGUCUAAACCUCUUCAGAUGCUGGUAGCAUUCACAGUGGACUAAAAUCUUGCACUUUGCAUUCAGGUAGGAGUUAAGGAUUCAAAGAAGAAAUGUCAUCCAGCUGUAUAAUGCGUUUCACCAGAUUGUUUCCAGCAGGUGGUUUCUCUGAGAUGCAAAGAGUGGGAGUGAACCCAUAAGGAAAGCCUAGAUUAUUUUAUCAGUCUGAAUUUAACAAGCAUGUUGCAAUGAUGGUGGGGACAGCUCUUGAUUUCUAGCAGGGUUUACACUUGUCUAGCUGCCUUGGAAAGGCACCUCUUGAAACCAGGUCAAUAGUAAGUCCCAUUUGGAAGUGCCGUAGUCACCGUGAGCCUGUUUCUGUGCCUUUUAAAACUUGAGGGUCAGGUAUUUGUGCCGAGGACUAAGGGUCUAUGAAUCAAGUUGCCUUUUUUAUACAAACAUCUGGCUUGUCCAGCUGUCCAGUUACUGAGGGUGUUUGCAGUUUUGCAUGCAGCACUAGACCCGAGGACUUGAGAGUUUCUCUCCCAGUGUCUUGUGACACCGCCCUGCCUUGUGAUGCACUGAGGGGCCAUGAAACUUGGAGGGUGUUGCAUGCAGUAAUGCUGAACAUGUAAUAAUGUCUCAAAUACCUUUCCUAACACCUUUACUGUUUACAUUUUCAGAAAAUGUGGGUUUCCUCAUGUGUUAACUGUGCUGGCAUUGCAAAUUGACUAUUCAUACAGCCACCUGUGUGUGUUUAGCAGUGUAUACUGCUGGGAGCACUCAGAUUCAGUGUGAUGUGUCAAGACUCUGUUUUCUGUAGCAAAACACGAGCCAGCUAAAAGUGCCUUUUGGUUUUCAGGUGUUUUCUUGCUUACAUUUAUCUCAUUGAAUACAGGAAUGUAUAUUCCUAGAUCUCAGGCCACUGGCAUCACACACUUCAAAGUGCACUGAGUCAUUUUCGUGUCAUUUGCAAACUUCACAAGAUUUUUACAAUGCUGAUGUCUGUAGGGAUCUCUUUUUCUCUCAGGUCACUGAAUUGCCACAAGACAUUUUGAUCAGAGUAGUCCAGUUGUGCAUUUUUCUGGUCAGUGUUUCUCACUUCUCUCUUACUUGAAGAGGAGUGAGAAGCCUGUAAGAGAAAUUCAAGGCCGUCUCAUCCCUCUAGCUCGGUCUCUGCAGUUGCUUAGAUGAAAUUGUUUAGUUCAUGUUCUUUUUAACCAAGCUGAAGACAAUGUAUACAAGAGGUUAGGCUUCUGUUCAUCACCUCUUGGUCUUUCAUUAAGAUAAAGUUGUGACAAUUUGUUUUUUAAUAAAAAGAAAUCAAACCUAA